AUGUCUCAAACCUCUGCAUCUGCUCAGAUCAAGAACAAAGGAACUGAUGCUGUGAAAACGAGAUCCAAAUCUAAGAAGGAGGAACCAACUGUGGUGAUAGAUGCAACACCCAUAUCGAGCAUUCCUGCAACCGCCUCAAAGAAGAAGAAAUCGUCCAAAUCAACUCCUAAAGUAAGUGAAUCAUCCCCUUCUGUCUCUAUUAAGUCUGGUAAAACUAAGAAGAAGAAAUCGCAGUCUCCCGUUAAAAAGGGAUUAACCAUGUCUGAUCUAUACUUGAGUAAAAACCCAUUUGAAACUGCGAAUGUGGAAUCGCAUGGUGCUGCCUCCGGCAAAACUGCGAAUGUUGAGUCGUCUAGUAAAGCUAAUGAAGAGAGUUCUAAGUCUGUCUCUGAAAAGGUCGAUCAGGAAACCCCUUCUGCACAUGAAAACCCUAUCUCUGGUGAGACCCUAGGAAAAUCCAAAAUUGUUGCUGAGAAUGUUAUUAUUGCCAGUAAUCCUAGUGAUCCUGAGAAUGUGGCAGUUCCUACAAAUGCCACAGCUGAUGUUGUUGAUAAACCUAAGGAGAAAACUGUUUUGACUGAUGCUCCAACUGGUGUUGCGCCACCCACAGUAUCGACUGAUGCUGCUAAGGAUGUUGAAGCAUCCAAAGAAGAGGAAGUAAACAAAGAAGGUACUCCUGAACAUGUGGCUGAUUCUGAGCCAGAGAAUGAAGCUGAUGAGAAUUCUGAGAAAACCACCAAUGAAGAACAGAACAUAGUGGAUGUUGAUGAAGUCCCCUCUGAAGAAGAUCUGCAACCUCCACCUACUCAGAAAGGAAUUGGAAGAAGACUGAGAAGCAGGACUACUACACCUGCACCUGCUGUUACCACUACCCCUGUUGUCGUCAAGAAAACAAAGGACACUACUCUGAAGCCUGUCAAGUACGGUCCUAAGAAAGGAUGGAGCAAGUCUGUGCCUCCUCCUGAGAAGAAAACGGGUGUGCUGAAAAGGAAGAAUGCACCAUCAAGUGACUCUGAUUUUGAAGCUGAAAAGGAUGACUCAAGCAUCAAGCCUCCUGCUAAGAAGGCUAUGUCUGCUAAGAAGGCCAUGCCUCAAGCUGCUGCUCCUGACACUGAAGACUUCCCUUGUGACAAUGUUUCAUUUCAUCUACCAUCUUAUGCUCAACGAUGGGGAAUCAUUUGCAAAAGAAGAUUGGCUCUGGAGAGGGAACUAGGCAAAGAUAUUCUAGAGUGUGAAGAGAUUGUUAAUUUGAUCAAUGAUGCUGGAUUGAUCAAAACUGUGUGGGGCUUAGGCUCCUGCUAUGAGAAGCUGGUUAGGGAGUUUGUUGUCAACAUUCCAAUAGGUUAUGACAAUCCCUUGGACAAAGAAUUUCAGAAGGUAUUUGUUCGAGGAAAAUGUGUGACAUUCUCUCCAAGUGUGAUCAAUAAGGUCUUGGGUAACUCUGAUGAUCCUCAUCCUGACAUAGAGGUAUCUGACAAUGUGGUCUGCAAAACCAUCACAGCUAACAAAGUAAAGACCUGGCCAAAGAAGGAGAAGGUACCUGCAGUCAAGCUGACCCAAAAGUAUGCCAUUUUGAAUCGCAUUGCAUCUGUCAACUGGGUUCCCACUACGCAUGCAUCUGAUAUUGCAACAAGUCUGGGUAAGCUCAUUUAUAUGAUUGGUACUGGUACAAAAUUUAAUGCUGGUCAAUAUAUCUUUAAUCAAGUUGUGCAGCAUGCUAAGACCUCUGUCACCAAGCAACCCAUUGCCUUUCCAACAUUGAUCUGUGACAUCAUCUUUUCCCAACAUCCUAACAUAAGGCAUGAGGGUGAGUCUGCUAAGAAAAGGGCAACUCCUCUUGCCAUUCAUCAGAGGCUGUACAGUAAACAGUAUGCUCCAGAUAUUGCUGGACCAUCAAAUGUUGCUGCUGAUACUCCUAUGACAAGGAAGGAGAUGAUUGCCAUGCUGGAAGCAAACUGUAAGGAGCUAGAUGAAAAGAAGUUGCAGUUUGAAAGGAUGAUCCAUGCUCUCAGGGUUGAAGAGGCUGCAGCUCAAGCAGCUGAUGCAGGAGAUGAUGGUACUAGUGCUGAAGAGGAAGCUGAGUCAGAUGCUGAAGAGGAAGAAAGUGACUCCUCACCAAGUGCUUCUGUGUAA